AACGAACGCCUUUUUCAUCCCAUGUCAUUGCCAUGCGGGGUCGACCUUGCGUCCUGUCGUUGGAUUGGAAUCCAUGUCUCGGAUCGGCGUCGUCUUCCGGGAACCAACUCCGUGGGGGGCCCAACAACUCGCAUGUCAUCAUCGUGUGCUUUAUCCUUGGGCUUUGGCUCGUGGGGUAAGUAGAGCGAAGAGUCGAGCAAUAAGCUUGAUUGAGCUUUCUAGAGUAAUCGUUACGAUGGGAAAACACGACGACGAUAAUCAUGACACGGAAAACUCCCUGGUCGGGCAAGUGAAUGCGUCGUAUGUGACUCUCAAAGAUGGUGUGAAGCAGCAGGAGCAGCACUGCUGCUGGAAAUGUGGAGAAGACGAAGAGGACAUGGACAUCGGCAUUGGCAUCGACAUCGGCUGUGUCGGCUCGGAGGAGCCUAUUAGCGCGGUCGAGGGAGGUAAUCAAGGUUUAGAAUGGACUCUAGGUGAGAUGGAGAAGAGUGGGUGGUGGAGGUAGGUGUUUUUUUUUACCUCUUGUGACUUGUCAUGUUUUUUUUUUUUUUUUUUUUCACUAUUCGGUUUUGAAAUUUCUCUUCCCUUUUUCAUCUCUUGCUUGUCAAACCCUUCUCAAAUCACUCUCCUCUCUCUUCUCACGCGAUGGCUAUGCCGCUACGGUAACUUUUAAAAUUACUAUUCGGUUAGUAACUUUUAAAAUUACUAUUCGGUUAGUAACUUUUAAAAUUAUGAUAAAUAAAUUAUUGCAGC